AUGGCCCCGGGAGGGAAGGGGGCUGCGGCGCUGCGACGCCGACGGGCGCCCAGCACCAACUGCCGCGGCCCGCCGCCCCGCCCACCGCGCCCGCCUCCGCCAAUCGCGCCCCGGGACGCGCCCGCCGCGCGCCGGGACACGCCCACCGCUCUUGGCCCCGCCCACCACACUCCCGCCUCCGCCAAUCGCGACCCAGGCCCCGCCCACCGCGCCCGCCUCCGCCAAUCGCGCCCCAAGACAGGCCCGCCGCGCGCCGGGACACGCCCAUCGCCCUUGGCACCGCCCACCGCGACCGCCUCCGCCAAUCGCGACCUGGGACACGCCCACCACACGCCCGCCUCCGCCAAUCGCGCCCCAAGACAGGCCCGCCGCUCGCCAGGGCACGCCCAUCGCCCUUGGCACCGCCCACCGCGACCGCCUCCGCCAAUCGCGACCCGGGACACGCCCACCACACUCCCGCCUCCGCCAAUCGCGACCCAGGCCCCGCCCACCGCGCCCGCCUCCGCCAAUCGCGCCCCAAGGCACGCCCGCCGCGCGCCGGGACACGCCCAUCGCGCUUGGCACCGCCCACCGCGACCGCCUCCGCCAAUCGCGACCCGGGACACGCCCACCACACUCCCGCCUCCGCCAAUCGCGACCCAGGCCCCGCCCACCGCGACCGCCUCCGCCAAUCGCGCCCCAAGACACGCCCGCCGCGGGCAAGGACACGCCCACCGCUCUUGGCCUCCCCCAUCGAGCCCACCUCAGCCAAUCGCGACCCAUGACACGCCCGUCGCGCCCCUGGCCCCGCCCACCACUCUCCCGGCUCAGCCAAUCGCGACCCGGGACACGCCCAACGCGCCCGCCUCAGCCAAUCGCGACCCAGGACACGCCCGCCGCGCGCAAGGACACGCCCACCUCUCCUGGCCCCUCCCACCAACCCACCCAAUCGCGCCCCAGGACACGCCCACCGGCACGCCCAUCGCCCUUGGCCCCGCCCACCACGACCGCCUCCGCCAAUCGCGACCCGGGACACGCCCACCGCUCCCGCCUCCGCCAAUCGCGAUCCAGGCCCCGCCCACCACGCCCGUCUCCGCCAAUCGCGGCCCAGGACACGCCCGCCGCGGGCAAGGACACGCCCACCGCUCUUGGCCCCCCCCAUCGAGCCCGCCUCAGCCAAUCGCGACCCAGGCCCCGCCCGUAGCGCCCCAGGCCCCGCCCACCACGCUCCAGUCUCAGCCAAUCGCGACCCGGGACACGCCCAACGCGCCCGCCUCAGCCAAUCGCGACCCAGGACACGCCCGCCUCGCGCAAGAACAAGCCCACCGCUCCUGGUACCUCCCACCGAGCCUGCCUCCGCCAAUCGCGCCCCAGGACACGCCCACUGCCCUUAGCCCCGCUCACCGAGCCCGCCUAAGCCAAUCGCGACCCAGGACACGCCCGCCGUGCGCAAGGACACGCCCACCGCUGCUGGCCCCUCCCAUCGACCCCGCCUCAGGGCACGCCCACCGCACCCCAGGCCCCGCCCACCGCGCCCGCCUCCGCCAAUCGCGCCCCAGGACACGCCCACCGUGCGGAAGGACGCGCCCACCGCUCCUGGCCCCGCCCACCGAGCCCUCCUCCGCCAAUCGCGCCCGAGGACACGUCCACCGUGUGCAAGGACACGCCUACCCCCUUUGGCCCCUCCCACCGAGCCCGCCUCUACCAAUCGCGACUCAGGACACGCCCGUCGCGCGCAAGGACACGCCCACCGAUCUUGGCCCCCUCCCACCAAGCCCGCCUCGGGACACGCCCACCUCGCCCCAGGCCCCACCCAUCGAGACCGCCUCAGCCAAUCGCGCCCCAGGACACUCCCAGCUUGCGCAAAGACACGCCCAGCGCGCUUGGCCCCACCCACCCAGUCCGCCUCCGCCAAUCGCGCCCCAGGACACGCCCACCGUGCGCCUGGACACGCCCACCUCUCUUGGCCCCUCCCACUCGCCUCAGCCAAUCGCGCCCAAGGCCCCGCCCCCUGCGCCCGCCUCCGCCAAUCGCGACCCGGGAUACGUCCACCGGGCCCCGCCCACCUAG